CGAUUCUACCUCGUAGUUUGUUUGGCCAUAGCUUUGAAGUAUGGAAAUCACGUGUUGCCAGUUCUUAUCACUUGCAGCUUACAUACCUUACUUACCAAGACAAGCUCCCCAACCAUGCAAUGGAAUGCCACAUAACCAAUCAUCAUAUGGGUCGUCAGUUUUACUACGUGUACUAGCAAUUGCGCGGUAGUGUAGCGGUUGCCAGCAUCGACGUCAACCGCUCAGUGGAAAUGUUCUCGAGAGCUCUUUUAUCCAGGCCAAGCAUCUAGCUUUUCUCCCUACCUUCACAUCCACAUCCAAUUUCAGCACUCUGGCUUUAACUACUUUGCGGCCGGCUCUCCAUCCAAGUACCUCGCAAACUUCAUAGCUUCUUGCCUAGCCGCCCUCCAUGGCAGAAGUCAUCCAUCACAGCCGCAAUCGCGCGCCCCCCGGCGUCCAGGGCCCUAUGCUUCAUGCGCCGACCGCCCAGCACCCCGGGCUGCCCCCCGCCCCAGCCGCCCCGGCUGUCCCCUGGGUGCCCGCUGCCGGCUCCCAGCCACUGCCGAGCCCACUGGGGGCGGAGGCGGGGCUCAGACACAAGCAGGUGGAGUCGUUCGUGGGCGCCGCUGCUGCUGCUGCCGCUGCCGCUGCCGGGGGCGCCGAUGACGAUGUGGGUCGGGCUCGCCGCCGCCGCACCCCCUCCGGUAUCGCGGCCCCCUACCAGAAGGCCGCUGCUCAGCGGGCUGCGGAGCGAGCGCUGAGGCCCUGGGACCCGGCAGCGGGGCUGGGGGAGCGGCUGGGGGCGCAGAUACAGGCCAACAACGGACACAGCAGUGCAGCAGCAGCAGCGGCGGCCUACUCCCACCCCGCCGCCCCCUCCCUCUUCGCGCCCCCCUCCCCCGCCCACGCCGCCGCAGUGGCUGCUGCUGCGGGCCGGGUGGCGCGAGGCGGGCAGGGGCAGGGGCAGGCGGCGGGCGCCUACUCGGUGCUCCCCGGGGCCCCCCCGCGGGAGCUGUGGGCGGUGGGGGCGGCGGCGGGGCCACCCAGGUUCUGUACGGCAUGCAGAGGCGAGCACGACGAGUCCAAGGUGUCCGACCCCUCCUGGCAGCCCUACUCCCCCGCCGCCCGCCUGACCAACCUGAUGCUCCUGGACUCCGGAUUCAAGCGCGCCCAGCGCACCGGCCUGCUGCGCUGCUCCCCCGGCAGCAGCAGCUGGGCGCCCGUGAGGUGGGCGGAGCAGCCGGCGGGCAUGAGUGCCGAGGUGUUCAAGCGGCAGCUGGUGCUGGCGUUUGAAGGCCUGCGUGAGGGUCACGAGCCCUACCGCUUCCUGGCCACCCGGGCCGCGGAGGAACUGAUCGACUGCCACCGACCCGCCGCUGCUGCUGCUGCUGGUGGUGGCAGCGACCCGCGGGUCGGCACCUCGCUGGUCGCGGAGGCGGUUCCGGAGCUGGUCGCCCCGCUGAAGCUGUGUUUCAACACGCUGCAGCCGCAGCUGGUGGGCGGGGCGCUGCUGGUGUUGAGGAGGCUGCUGCUCAGCCACCCCUCCGUCGCCCCCGCGCUGGCCCCCGCCUGCCCCCACCUGCUGCCCGCCCUCGCCCUCUUCAGACACCACCACACCCGCCUGCUGCUGCCCGCACCCGCCUGCGUGGCGCCCACGGGGACCUUCGCAGGCGGCCCCGACCCCGGUGGUGCGGCGGGGCGCAGCUGCCGAGUGUGCGGGGUGCGGCUGGGGGGGCAGCGGGGGGCGGGCAAGCAGCGUGGAAGAGCCGCAGGAGCAGGAGGGCGGCAUGCGGGUCAGUACGACCCGGCAGCGGUGCUGGCGGCGGCGCAAGACCCGGAUGACGCUGCUGCGGAGGCGGAGGCGGCGGCGGCCUCAGCGAGCAAGCGGCUGCCGGGGCGGUCGUGUAGGAGGUACCGGCUGUCGGAGCUGAUCGAGGAGGUGCUGGGGCUGCUGGCGGGGGCGGGCGGGCAGGUGGGCAGGAGCCAGGUGCGCAGCUACGUGCCGGACUUCGGCUACCUGCACCACCAGGAGCAGCCGGCAGCAAGCAACAAUCCCUGGCAGCAACAACAGCAGCGCCAGCGCCAGGAGGAGGAGGAGGAGGAGCGGCGAGUGGCGGCAGCAGCCCAGCGACGACGUCAGCGGCCCCGCAGUGCACCCAGACCCACCUCCCAACCAUGGCAGCAACAACAAGCAGCCCUGGCGGCGGCGGCACCGCGACCUGCUACUGCCGCUGCCGCUGCUGCUGCCUCUGCUGCCGUCAGCAACGUGAAGGGCGCUGCGGGGUCGCCGCCUCGGCGCCCCAGCACUGACGGCGGUAGAGGCAGGUCCGCCGGAGGUGAAGGCGGAGGCCACCCGCCCCUGCCCGACUGGCGAUCCUCCAUUCGCCUCUCAGCCGCCGACCUGGCGCGCUGGGACGGCAUGCAGUUCCGAGAUCUGCCGUACGACCCCGCAGCAGGAGGAGGAGGGGUAGGGCACGUCGGCGGUGACGUCAGCAGCGGCGGCGGUGGCGGCGCGGCGAAAGGCGGUGUACGACAACCCGCCGCCGUCGGCGGCGGCGGCAACUGCCACUCCGCAGGUGUUGGCCCCGUGCUGCAUGUGUGCAGUGUGGUCCCCGUGUUUGACAGUCCGCACGAUCCCCUGUUCCGGGUGAUGUCAGCGGAGCAGGCGGCGGAGGCGGAGGCGGCGUACCGCGGCCGUACAUUCGUACAUCAGGGGAGAUCAGGAUCUGGAUCCAAUCAGGGGAGAGUCGCGCGGGGGAAGAAGGCUGGUGAUGUGGUACGGCACAGCACCGGUGGUGGCGGCGGCAGACGUGGUUAUACGCCUAAUGUUAGUGCUGAGGUGGCGUUCAAAGAUUCGCCGGCGCGGCUCCGUCUGGGGUUUCGAAGUCGGCUGGCGGUGGAGGGUGCUUAAGCAGGCUUGCUUAGCGGUGUUAGGGGGGAGGCAUGAAUACGGGCCGUCUGGGGAUGCGUGCGUAAAGGAGCAGGAGUGGGUGGUCGGGACGACAAGCGAUAACCGGUGCGUCCUAGGCCAUGCAUGUCACCAAUUACAGUUAUAUUGUAUGUUGCGAUUACCGGUACGCCGCGCUGUUUUCUUGCGAGUGCGACGGAGCUCCCUGCUGGAUACCCGGUGGUGGAGGUGGUGGCGGUGUGAUGGAGGCGGUAUGAUAGCAGCGGUGCCACAGUGUGGACUGUGAAGGUCUGUGAUGGCCUUCAAUGGUGUCUUACAGCUGGAGCUGGUGUCUGGAGUGCGCAUACGUGCGUAGGGUGCUAAUGUUGAGCAGCUGGAGUGUUGGCGCGUUUGUGCUGCACUUGGGGGGUGGUGAUGUACACGCAGAUGGUACGCUCCCUUUACCUUGCACCCCCCGGUGUCACUGAGGUUUGUUGACACACACACCGUAGGGAGGUGGGUAAGCAGGUUUCGGGUACCAUUGGCACGUCACCAGGAAGCAGAACGGUCUGUAGCUGCGGCUUUUCAGCUGCACAUGUGUUUCAAUUGACUUUCGCAUCAGGUGUAUGGGUCUCCGGCUGCUUUAGACGCAUGUUCGGUGCUUUGCCAUGCACAUCGCCCCCAUCACAUUACAUCUCGCAUGUUGAUUACUCUUUCCCAGGCCGCCCGGGCCAUUCCCAAGCGGCCCUAUGCAUUCCAAGGAUGGACCCAUGCAAUGCGGGCCCUGCUCUGGUGCCCGCAGAUAGAUAAGACGUUUCCAAGC